AUGGAAGAAAAAGAUUGUGCGAUUACAAGAAACACAGAAGAAGAUAUGCAUGUUGGAAGUGAUAAAGAGACGAAGAAGAAGAAGAAGUAUAGGAUGGGUUGUCUCAGAGCUGAAUCAGACGAGAGUGGUAACAUCGAUUUGACUGUUGAUUUCCCUGGCAAACGCACUGAGCCGACUCACCUAGUCGUCAUGGUCAACGGUCUCAUUGGCAGUGCACAGAAUUGGAGAUUCGCCGCUAAACAGAUGCUCAAAACGUAUCCUCAGGGUCUACUCGUUCACUGCAGUAAACGCAACCGUUCUACACAGACAUUUGAUGGAGUUGAUGUUAUGGGAGAAAGAUUAGCUGAAGAGGUUAGGUCGGUGAUCAAACGUCACCCAAGUCUCCAGAAGAUCUCCUUUGUAGGACAUUCUUUAGGUGGCUUGGUUGCUAGGUAUGCUAUCGGGCGUCUUUAUGAGCAAGAAUCUCCAGAAGAGCUUCCACAAAACAGUGAGGACAUUGGUGAUACAUGCCCAACAAUUGAGGAACCGAAAGAGAGAAUCGCUGGAUUGGAGCCUAUGUAUUUUAUAACUUCUGCAACGCCACACCUAGGUUCAAGAGGACAUAAGCAGGUCCCAUUGUUUUCUGGAUCUCACACUUUGGAGAGAUUAGCUACACGUAUGUCCUGGUGUCUUGGUAAUACGGGAAAACAUCUUUUUCUGGCUGAUAGUGAUGAUGGAAAGCCUCCGUUACUCCUCCGAAUGGUUAGUGAUUCUAGAGAUCUUAAAUUCAUUUCUGCUUUGCAUUGCUUCAAGCGGCGUAUUGCUUAUGCAAAUACAAGUUUCGACCACCUUGUGGGGUGGAGCACAUCGUCUAUCAGACGUCGCAACGAGCUUCCUAAGCUUCAACGCGGUCCAAUCAAUGAGAAGUAUCCUCACAUUGUGAACAUUGAACCACCGGAUACUGCAAGUAACCAUGAGGAAGAUCAAUCAGGUAGCAAUUCAAACGGGUUCAAGAAUUUCGAUAUGGAAGAGGAGAUGAUAAGAGAAUUAACAAAAGUGAGCUGGGAACGAGUUGAUGUUAGUUUCAGAGGAACCCUGCAAAGAUUUCUCGCUCACAAUACCAUUCAGGUAAAAACAAAGAUGAUCAAUUCAGCUGGAGCAGAUGUUAUACAACACAUGAUUGACAAUUUUGAGCCAUAGGGGUUGUAAUUAUAGGAAGAUGGCAGGUUCCCCACAUAUCAGUCGUAUUAUCAAAAUUCUGUCAUCUUAGUCAUCAGAAAAUGACAUGUAGAAUUAUUUUGGUUACAUAAAAGGAAAUGCAAGAAUUAGUUUCCAUGUUCUAUCCAAAUAGAGGCUUCUGUAUCUUGACUCUGUUGACCAUAGAUUUAAUCAUAUAAAUGCAUUAAUAAACUAAA